AUGGAGAGGCCUUCCUUGGAAAUUAACCUGCCUGAUGCUCAUGAAGAAGGAAAACUGUAUGUAGUUGAUUCCUUAAACAACCUAAACAAACUAAAUGUUUGUCCAGAUGAAUCCCAACAUGUGCUAGAUGAGGAAGAGAACACUGGCAGUACUGGAGAAAACACAUCAGGGAGCAACAUAAGGAACCACUGUUUGUUCUUCGUCGUCUUUAUUCUUACUUUGAUCGUCAGUUUGGCACUUGUUUCAUUUGUAAUAUUCUUAAUAAUUCAAACUAGAAACAAGAUGGACCAAAUAUCAAGCAGACUAAUAUCAGAAAAGAAGAACAUAGAAGAGCUUAAGAAAAUGAACAAUAUGAUAUUAAAACAUCUAAAUCGAUCAGGAACUAAGGAAAAGGGGAGACACCUCUUCACACAGACUCCUGAUCUUCAUGAUUACCUCUUCACUCAUGCUGAGCUGAAUGUCCCUGGAGAAUAG